AAAAUCAAUUUUUGUUUGGUAUAAUGUACAGUGUAUUGAUUUUAGAUUUACUUAGUUUUUAACCAAAAAUCAUAACACUAUUUUACUUAUUAUAAAUUUGUGUAUUUAACUUUAUAUGGUUUGAAAUCAAAUUCUUUGAAAUAUAAAUCAUCAAUACCAAUGCUCUAGUAUUUUAAAAUAAUAUUCGUUUUUCUUAUUUAACUAUCGAGAUAAAAAUAUCUAUAAUCAUUUAUAAAAGUUAUAAUCAUUAUCUAAAAUAGUAAAUGAUAAGAAAAAAAACUAUUAGCAUUUUUAAUAUUACUGAAUAAAUAGCAUUAAGCAAAAUGAUACAGCCAACCACAAAAUUUUAAACCCAAAUAACUUUUUUGAAUUUUAAAUGUCAAAAAUAUAUCAAUAAAAUCACUUAUAUUUAUAUAUUAACAAUUAUGUUAUAGAGUUUACAUAUAACUAUAAUACGAUAUUUAUAUAUUUUUAAUUUAGUUGUUAUUUCUUCAUUUUGUUGGUUUGAUUGUUUUAUAACCAAACCAUAUACAUAUAUUGUAGUUUCUUAAGCCUAAUAUCCAUACUAUUUAAACAGUAUUAUCAAAAUCAAACUAUAUUAUUUUUCUUUUUGUUGGAUUUAUAUAUUCUCUGUGUGAAAAAACCGUCAUCGGUGACAACUCACGUUUGCACUUGCCAUAGGCACUCAAGCCCUAAGCUAAGCUUAAACUAUCCCCACUACCACUACUAGAAACCCUUCAAAUAAAUCUCUAUAAGUAGAAACCCUCUGAGAUCUCUUCUUUCCUCAUAUACAUUCAUACACACACCACAUUAACUACUUCAACUGCAAUCUCUCUCUCUCUCUCUCCCUUUCUAUUGUCUUUCUAUAUAUAGAAACUAGGUGCAGUAUCUUGUCAUUAUAAUGGCUAAGUUAAGCUUCUCCUUAUGCUUCUUGUUGUUUCUUCUGCUAGCCUCAGUUGCCACCGGAAGCCGCCCUCUUGAGCGGACUCCAGUCGUGGUGAAGGUGAGAGAGUUAAGCACUUCUAUUGAGUGUACAAGCCCAACUGUAGCAGAUGGUCAAGCUUCAGGGGGCAGUGGCAGUCAGGUAAAAACUCCGGAACGUUUAAGCCCAGGAGGAUCGGACCCGGAACAUCAUUAGGGUUUCCUUUAAAAUUGAGAGUUGUUCUCAUUUUCUUCCAGAUGUGUAUUUCUUAUUAUCAAUAAUUUGGUUGCAAUGAAUCUGUUUUUUUCCUUUGUCAUAAGAUACGAAUACGUGUUUGUAAGAUCAUUACAAAGGUAUAACAGUUGUAUUGAUCACACAUAAUACAUUAUUCUAAUUUCCUUAUCGUACGUUAGAUAUUGAAUUUCGCUAUUUUACGUUACAUAUUAUAUAUUUUGUUUUGCUUUGACUGAGAUAAGGACCGUAUCAUUAGUAUCCUUUAUUUUUUGGAACACGUUUUUCUUUUAGCUCUAUUACUUUUUGCCUUUACGAUAUAUAUAACAAUGCAAGGGAGGUUGAUUUAGAUGUUCCUGACUUUGCGCCUUUACAAUAUAUAUAGCAAUGCAAGGUGCGAGCCCGCCUUAUGAUUAUAUCGUGUUUUAUGCUGAUUGUGACUAGCAUGUUGAAAAGCAAAAGUAAAACGAACAAGUAAGUUGUAACUUCUAACAAAAAAAAAAAAAUCAAGCAAAUACGUAUUCUUUCUUUGUUUUUAAUCGAAACACAGUAGAAUGGCUUGAAUGUACAAUUUACAUGUGGUCGAUUUAGAUUGUCUGGGCAUAGCAGAUCAUUAAGCCGCAUUUUAAUUGAUGGCGAUUAGCUUAUCAAAGAAAGGAUUAAACAGUUGAAGACAAUGAUUAAAACAAACAAAUUCAAGUUACAUAUCUUAUAUUCACCUCUGGAUUCUUAACUGAUAGGAACCUUUUUCUGAUUAAAGGAGCUUCUUACAUUAACAAAAAAAUAAACACUAUUGGAAGCAAUAUAUUAAAAUGGUUUUUGAUUUCUUCUCAUAGUUAAAUCGUGUAUUAGUUUGUAUAGAUACGGGAAAUCUAUAAAUAUAACACUAGAAAGUUGAUUUUGAUAUAUAAUUUAAGUUCUAUAAAAUAGAUAUUAGCUGAUUUAACAAAUAUUCAAUAUAUAAAAUUUAAUUUCUAUAACUAAGAGUAAAUUUUUUAGCAAAAGAAAAAAAAAACUAAGAGUAAAUUGAUGGCGGAUUAAGUAGUGCAAGUAAUCUUUGAUGGCUGGUUAAGUAGUGUAAGUAAUUUUCAAAUAUUUAUGGGCGAUACUAUAUUGUUCUUCAUUGUAUCUAUGGUUAAAACUUCUAUUGAAGUCAAAAAUCUUGUAUUCGAGUAUUGAUUAACAAAAAUUUGAUGUGUUGCCAAUAAAAUAUCAUAGUCUAGUCUGGUGGUGAUUAAAUUAAGAGCAAAAAUCUAAUACGGUAAAUUUUGGUUCGAAUUCGGGCACUAUCAAACCGCCUUCCCUUUUCUAUCUUUUUUUUUUUUCUCGAAAAUUUUUCUUUUUCUAUCUUAUCGGAAUUUCAUGAAUCUCUCUUCGUCUAUUACCAUUACCUUGUUUUUAAA